AUGAUUACGGAUUUUGCGAUUUACCUCAUUGAACCUGAGUCUGAUUCCCUUAAACGAAGGACAACCCUUGCAGCUAUUGAGAAGAUUUGUGUCAGUGAACUAAGUGACAACUUUCUUGUGGUUAUGAUUCCCACAGAGUAUGAUUUGCUUAUAGCUAGCGCUAGAAAGAAUGAAAUCAUCACUGCUUUUGUUGAAGCUUAUGGACCUGAGGUCGUUUCUUCCAACAGCAAAUCAUUUACAUUUCAUGUUACUUAG